GCCCGUCGCACAAACCCUCGCCACCGACUCGACGUACGUCGCCAUUCGCCAUUGUCGAUCCGGAAUCUGACGUGAACGAGCACCGCGCUUGAGCCAGCCGACAGCCGUACGAGCCUCCGCAGACGUCCGAGAGAUCCGCCGCCUCCGCCAGACGAGACAUCGCCGACCCCUCUCAAUUAUCGUCCCGUCUACACCGUAAAACAUGGAGAAAAGGAUCGAAUUGGAAAAACGGGGAAGAAAACCGGACCAAAUUUACGAGCUGAACUUGGAUAAUUGCCGAAGUCUGACGAUUGAAGGUCUUACAGAUGAAUUCACAAAUUUGAAAUCGCUCAGUCUCAUAAAUGUGGGGCUGACUAGUCUCAAAGGUUUUCCAAAGUUACCAAACUUGCAGAAGUUGGAGUUGAGCGACAACCGUAUUUCAAAUGGUUUGAACCUUCUUCAGACGAGCCCUAAACUCAUAUAUUUGAACCUGAGUGGAAACAAAAUCACCGAUCUUGAAACAUUAGAACCACUCAAAGAAUUUGAACAUCUAAAAAGUCUUGUGCUUUUCAAUAAUGAUGUCACUACUAUAGAAAAUUACCGUGAACAGCUUUUCAAGCUUCUUCCUUGUCUUAAAUAUUUAGAUGGUUUUGACGCUAGAGAACAGGAAGCUGAAGAUAGUGAACAGGAGGGUAAUUCCUUAAAUGGGAUCGAAGAAGACAGUGAAAGUGAAGAAGAAGAGGAUGAAGAUCUGGAAGAAGAAGAGGUCGAUGAAGAUCUAGAAGAAGAGGAACUCGGCUUGGAAGCCGUGUACAAGGAUAACCUUGACGAAGAAAGUGAAGGAGAUGAUUACGAUGGUGAAGGUUCAAAAGAAGAGGAAGAUGAAGAUAUUGAAGAGGAAGAGAGCUUCCAGGUUGACCAAGACACCGAAGAUGAUUCUACUCCAAGGGGAAAGAAAAGAAAGCAUGAGGGUGAAGAGGAAGUAGAUUAAGUAUUCAAAAAGAGAUAUUCUUUAAAACAUUAUUCUAUUAAAGGUAAAAAUAAAGAUUUUGCAGUAAAAAACCUGAAAAAGUAAAAAAAAAAAAAUCAUAAAAUGCAAGUUCAUACUUGGUAAAAAAAUGCACAACUAUUGGAAAGAAGAAAAUGUUUUAAAGCAUUUUUAAAAAAUGAAUAUAUUUUAUUACACGCACAAAAAAAAAGAAAAGAAAAAAGAAGCAAAAUAUAAAAAAAAAGAGUUGAUGUUUGCCCAGUCUGAAUUUCAACCGAAAUAUUUCUUCCGAGUGGACACUAACGUUUUAUUUUUUAAAAUAAAAAUAUGUAUGUUUAUAUUGUUUAUUAUUAUUUUUUAAAUAAAUGGUGUUACUUUAGGAGUCAUUAUGUUUCAACUAUUAUUUCCGUUUGGGGUCGAGCUUCAACAUUAUUUUUAAUUUUUUCUUAAAAGUUCGUCUAAACUCUGUGUAAGUAAUUGGCACCUCAGAUUCAUCAUACAGGUUAGUCGCUUCGGCAUGAUCGCAAACGACACUGGAUUCAAUAUUGGCGAACUGGAAUGGUUUUCUGCAGAGAUGAAGACUCGAUGAGCCUGCUGGGGACUAAAAACCCUGAGCAUCCUGUUGCACUUCAGCGAAUGCAACAGAUCCCUCUGGUUUCCAUAAUCAAUGGUGCAUUUGAAAUGGCCCUUACAAAUCUUUGAGCUAUUUGAUUAGUUUCAUCAGAUGCGAUAUUGCUUUCCGUUCUGAUGAAUUAAUUGCUGUAUAGUCAUUGCAUUGCUGAAAUUCUGCGGGAAGCCCUUUGCAAGCCCAAUAUUUCCGUUUCCUAUCAUUCAAAAUUUCUUCAUAUGCAGUGGUCAGGUUACAUCAAAAACUUAAAUAAUUCAAGUAUUUUCUGAAUCAAUAAUUUUUGCCUAUAAUUGUCUGACACCUCAAGAACUCUUUCAUUUCACCUGUGUGUCAUGCCCCAGGGGAAGUCGGGUUGUGUUGUUAGUCUUCAGGAUAGUCGUAUAUCCUGUGAGGCCAUCAUCCACAGCUCUUAAGGAUAAUCUUAGUCUUAGCACCAGUUUUAUGUGAAAAUUCAAGUCAAUCGUGGACCAGUUCUUGCCACGUCAAUAUAUCAGCCAUACUUCCUGCAUAGCGUGACAUCCCCUGAGUCGAGAGAUACACCGAAAUCUUGGUUGAUACCAUCCGUCUUUUUAGCAAACUGUCCCUCAACAGUAAACUUUCUCGAAAACACUUGCUGAAGUGAGUAACAUCCUCAGUGAUAGUGUUGGCGAGAAAUGUAGCAAUUUUUAUUACAUGAUUACAAGGACUGUGGCAGGAGUUAGUUCAGGCGACUCUGAUCUGCGUUGCCAGUAGUUGGGGUGUUCUCAUCUGGUGCAAAGACAAGUUGAGUUUUGUAAGGUGUCAAGAGAUUCAAGUAGCGAAUGGUGGUAGUAUUAAUUACUAAAGGGGAUGCCUCUGGCAAGUUAGGGACGAGGAUUUCUCCAUGCCACAACCAAUCACCUCAAAGAUGGUGACCAGGGGCAUUACCCUUCUCUAUGAAUCUGCCAAUUUAUCCUUUGGCAGUUCGCUCGAAGACGACAAAUGUGCAAGUAAGCUGUUUUCCACUAGACGAUUGACGUGCAAGGCCACUAUUUUUUUUUUUUCCGAAUAAGUCAUUUUCAUUUGUUUAAUUUACAUUUUUUAUCAAGUUAUUCCUAUUUUUUGCUGGUGUUCCUGCGGAACGUUUUGGUUGAACAUGUUUUUGUUUUUUUAUUAUUUCCUCUUCAGUUGUGCAGUUUUAUUAAACCAAUAGUUGUGAUAAUUAUCAGGUCGGUUUUAACAAUACAACUUUUUUUGGCAGUAAAUGAUAAUUAUGUUUAUUUAGGUUUUGUUAAUUUUUUUAAUUUAGAAAAAAAAGUGUAUUUAAAAGAACUUGUUUUCCAAUAAAUUGUGACCAAAAAGAAAAAAAAAACUUAAAUUAUUUUUAUACUGAUUGUUUUUAUUCAACUUUAUAUUUUGUAAUGUGUAUAGGACAGUGUAAAAAUCAGGAAGAGUUAACAAUACUUGAUGAAUUUAAGUGCCUAAAUAUUUAAUUAAGGAAUACAAUAAAAGAAAAUGUAUUAUGUAUAAGAGAUGACAAAUUUCUAAAGCCCUGGCAAAAAAGCCUGUGAUCUUGUCAAAAGUUGUAAUUUGUCAAAUCCGACUUUGAUUAAAAGAAUAAUAAAAACUAUAAAAAUGGAUUAAAAUAUAAGAACUUGAGAUGAUUUUAUUACUGGAGUUAUUUUUUUGAAAUAUGUAUAUUUUGUAAAAAAAAAAGAAAAGAAAAAGUAAAUUUACAGAGACAUGUAUAAAAGUGUUUAAUUUUGUCUUUUGUACAGGCUUUUAUUCUAAAUCGCUUGGCACACGUCAUAUUUGCCAAACUAAAACUGCAUGAUAAAAAAUUUAGAUGUAAAAUUGUAGGUACCUAUUUAUUGCUAAUUUCAUUCAGCUUAAAAUUGCUGGUUUUGUAGAGAAGGAAAAAACAAAAAGAACAAAAUAUUGUGCUGUCCUUUUUUUGUAUUUUCCCAAAAGUUUUAUUGAAAAUAGUUAAUUUCAGUGGAGUUAAUGCUAGGGUAGUUAGUUUAGAACAGAGUUGAUGUUAUAUACACAAACGACUACUCUCAAAGCCCCUAUAGAUUUUCCUUUAUAUGGAAAUGGCCUUGUGAUUGAUGAUUGUAUAUUCUUUUUUUUAAUAUAUACAAAUAUGUGUAUAUAUGAAAGAGAGGCACUGCCCAUAAGUGAUUUCUCAUAAAUGUACAGCUUACUGCAUUAAGUUUUCUUUUGUUUGCCAAAAUUAAAAAAAGUUUUUAGAUUAGUAUUCAUUAUAUAUAAAAAAUUGGUAAAAAAAGCGGAGAUUAUUUACAUAUCCCUUUAGUUUGAUUUUAUGUGGACCAUUUGGAUACAGUUUGUACGUUUUGGAUAUUGUUUCGAUGAAAAAAAGUGCUCAUAAAUCUUUUGGUCAAAUUUAAAUAACUGUUUCCAAAUUGAUCAAAUUACUAUUUUCUUCUGUUUAUUGUAUUAUUAUAAUGUACAGAUUCAAGAGAAAUUUAAGUAAUUAUAAAAGUUGUGUAAGAAAGAGGAAAAUAUAUUUAAGAGAGAUUGUAUUA